AUGCUCAGCCUCCUCUCCCUUCCCAACGAGCUCCUGUGCAUGGUCUUCGCGCUCUUGGAUGGGCAAAAUGCCUUCUCGCUGUCCCACACCGCGAAAAGGCUUUAUUUCUUGCACGCCCCCGAUGCGUUUAGAUCGCUGACUGUCGACAUCCCCGAGGAGCCCCCUUCCACCGGCCUCCAAGUGCUGGCCUUGUCCGAAGUCCUAUCGACAAGCGGCCCCUUCCUCGAGCUCCGCCGCGAACGCCUCGAACGCCUCUACUUCGACGACUCCGGACUAUUUCAGAGCCCGCAGUGCGGCUUGGUCCCACUGGGCGCCAUGGGCCGCCUCGAGCAGGUGGUCUUCCGUGGAACGGGGCCGAGGACCGUCCAGCAACUCCCGAUGGUCCUGGCCGCCCCAAACCUCACCACCCUUCGCAUCCAGCUCACCGACUCCUGGUCUAGUGAGGCCACCCUCGACAUCACCGCCCUCGUCGCCGCCCUCUCCUGCACCCGGACACUGCGCUCUCUCUGCUUUAGCUCCGACGAGGCGGGGCCGGCCAUCCCUGGUCCAUACCCCUCAGUCACCAUCCCAAAGUGCCAAGCGCCUGGGAGAAGUCCCCUGGUAUCCCUGGGCGAGGUUUCCUUCCCACUCGUCAAAACGGACGACGCUCGGCUCCUCGCCCCCCUUGUACGCGCCACCCGGCCUAUCACCCUGGGGGUUUUCACGGCGGGCGUCUUGAACGACCCGGAGCCGGCGCGGUGGAGUGCGCCGACCCCGGCGGGCAAUUCGGACGACGCGAGGCAGAUGUGGGCCUUCCUGUUGCAGGGAAAUCCGCGCCUGCACUCCCUGGAGAUCACCGUCACAGAGGGAAAGUGCAAGCCUGUCAUCUACAAGUCGGCACUGCUGGAUGCACUCCGGUCGACAGCGCUGGAGCACCUCAAUCUCUUCUUUUUGGCGGGCUGCGGGCAUCCCGUGGGAUGGGGAAAGGGGUGUCCCGAGAGAGAGAGGAAAUUCCUCGAGGCCGUGGCCUCAUUCCCUGAGGAGUUCGCGACGAGCCUGCCCACGCUGCGCGCCAUUGCGAUGUCUUGGCCCCGAGCUGGAGCGGCCGACUUCACGCACCGGAAGGACUGGGAGGAGGAUGCGAAGUAUGGACCAAUGCGCGUUGAACGGUGGUGGCGGGUCGACAGCGUUGGGACAAGGCGGACGGCGGUCGAGAUCGGGCGUGAAGAAGGCGACCGCUUGCGCGAGCUUAUCCAACGGGGGGGCACCCAUUGA